GAUACUAAAAUCACUUCAAACUCUUUACGGGGGGCCAUGUGCCGGCGCACGUGAUGUGCCCAGAGGAAGUGCAGGUGUAGGGGAUUGUGGUGGUUGGUUUUUGUCAGCAAAAUGGGAGUAUGUAGAACAUGCACUUCUGUAGGCACAUCCAGUACCGGUGAAUUUGAUAGAUAGAUAGAUAGAUAGAUAGAUAGAUAGAUAGAUGAGAGAGAGAGAGAGAGAGAGAGAGAGAGAGAGAGAGAGAGAGAGAGAGAGAGAGAGAGCAUUGUUUUUGAAAUUGGUAGUGGCUGUGGUAGUGGCUGUGGGUAGUCUCGUGGACACAGCAUUUUUUUCAGUGUAGCGACUCGGGAAGGGUGUAUUAAGGUGGUGUGGUGUCAAAGGGAGAGAGUGUGUGUGGGUAUUAGAUAUCUCCUGAAAUUUGUGCAGCGGGGGGAAGCAGUCUCCAAAAAAGUUUCGUUUCUUUUUUCCUUGCCCUGUUUUGCCCAUUUCCACAUCUUUAACAGACCCCUUGAUUUGUGGACUAUUUCUUGAAAGUAAAGGUUGAAUAAGUAG